UGUUUUCUUCGAUUAAGGGAUAAACCCUAACGCCGCGAGGCCAAGGCAACAUUCAUCCGAAGUUCUGCAUCAAACACUGCUUGAACUUUGAAUUUCUAUUGCAGAAGGACGUGUCAACGUAAGCGUGUACGAAUUGCAAUGUUGAGCUCUUUUGUCACUUUUGUGACUUGAACAGCUACGCAAUAUUUCAUUCGUAGUCUGUUCCAUGGUCUCGUUGUGCCAUUCCUUUUUGUUCAAUUUUUUUUUUAUUAACGUUGCUUCUUUUGGUGAACUCUCCCUUAUUAUUCCAUGGGGGUUGUUCUAGUUUCCGAAGCAUAUAUAAAUUAAUUCGUCUCGAAUAACCGGUUUUAAACAGCGUGGUGUAAUCUUCUCUAAGCUACCCUAUGCUACCUGUCUUCUGAAAUGGAAACGUCUAAUGUAACGAUACCUAAAGUUGGACCUAAACCGUCGAGGAAAGUGAAGCUUCCGACGCCGAAGGAGCUGAUAUCACACUAUGAAUCUAAGGGUAUGGACUCGCAAGAUGCGUCGUUGAAGGUCAUUGAGGAUCUUCAGAAGGCUCUGUUUAGAGUCAUAUCCUCUGGCAAAGGUAAACACGACAAGCUAUUGACUGAAUCUUCUAGGAAGAUUGAUGCAAUUAACAAUAGACUCACUGUUCUUGACAUGAAGCUUGAUUCCAAGCCUGCUUAUGUUGAGACUUUUGCAAUUGGGCUUGCCUCUGGAGCUGCCCUCAAAGGUAUUGGUGCAGUUGUGCCUCAUAUUAUUGCCCCUCUUGCUCAGAUAUGGAACUCUGUUUCCUCUGCCAUUAAAUCUUCCCCCCAAUGAUAUUAGUAUGUAAUUAUUAGUUUGUAGAAAUAUUUUUUAAUGAAAUGACUAUGCUACCAUUUUUUAUGUCAUUAUAA